AUGAAUGCAAUCAGAAGCAGUUCAGCAUCAUCGUCGUCAGGAUUUCAGAUGCCACUCCACUAUCCAAGGUUCAAGAAGAAAGACUACGAGACGAUGCCUGAGUGGAGGCUGGAUUGUUUGCUUAAGGAGUACGGUCUGCCUGUUGUUGGGGAUGCCGAUGAGAAGAGGAAGUUCGCCAUGGGAGCUUUUCUUUGGCCUUCAGAGCAGUGA